CAUUGAGCUUUAGGGAAGCGCGUACACGUGCGGCCCCCUCUCCGCUCCCUGCCCUCUCGUCCCGCUGUCACUGGCCAUGGGUCGCUCCCGCCGCACAGGCGCGCACCGAGCGCACUCCUUGGCCCGCCAAAUGAAGGCUAAGCGGCGGCGACCCGACCUGGAUGAGAUUCACCGCGAGCUGCGGCCGCAGGGUCCGGCACCGGCAAAGCCCAACCCGAACACAGAGCCCGACCCUGACCUGCCGGGGGGCGGCCUGCAUCGCUGUCUGGCCUGCGGGAGGUACUUUGUCGAUUCCGCCAACCUGAAGACCCACUUCCGAUCCAAAGACCACAAGAAAAGGCUGAAGCAGCUGAGCAUUGAGCCCUACAGUCAGGAAGAGGCAGAGAGGGCAGCGGGCAUGGGUUCCUAUGUGCCACCCCGGCGACUGGCAGUGCCCACAGAAGUGUCCACUGAAGUCCCUGAGAUGGACACUUCUGCAUGACAAGGCCUGAGGAUUCAGGGCAGAGGAGCUGCCUAUGGACAGCGGUGUAAGGGCUAGGCUGGGAGAGAGUGUGCCAAUCUCUUUGGAUUCAGGGUUUGGCCUCCUCUGGGUGCCUGUCCCCCAAUAAAGGAACUGGACAAAGGG